CCCUCCCGCCCCGCGGCCCCCCUCCCCCCUCCCCGGGACCUGUAGCAGGAAUCGGCUGUAGAGGCGGACCCUAGCGAGUCCCCGGCACGGGAGGCGGUCUUUGACGCCAUCAGCUGUGCAGAAGCUUGUGGAAGCAGAAUGCGGAGCGCGCUUUGGACCAGACAGUCCCUGCUGUGGGUCUCCUUGGGACUGCCUUCUCUCCGCUUGCGGUUUUGUGAAAUCCUGUGCCAGUAACAGCUGCAACAAGUUAGGCUUCCUGCGUGUUCUAAGGGUUGCGAAGAGCCCUCCUCCCCGACAGCCCCAUGAGCCCUUCAGGGCUCCGUCCGUGCCCCCGUUUUCAGAUCUUGAAGUGCAGAGGGCCGGAAGAGACUGCCUCUGAGCGUGACCGUUCUUGCCAGCUUCAAGGACCGGCUUUCGGGGGCAGGAUUUGAAUCUGGAUCUCUAGACUCCUUAGCACGUUGCCUUUUUUUUUUUUUUUUUUUUUCUUAAAUAAACAUUUUGGCCUCUGACAUCCUCCAUCUUCCCCCCUUUCCCCUCAUGGUGGAAGCCUAGCCUAAGCUAGGAAAUAGGACAGUUCUACCUUCCUAGCCAGGCUGCUCUGGGCCACUGCGUUAAUUUCUCACCUUUUGUUUCCUUAUCUUUAAAUUGGGCCCAACCGGGGAGUGCUGCCUCCUGGCUUUUACUUUGCGGAGUGGAGUAUUUGGAAUGGGUGAAUUUAAGGUUCAUCGAGUGCGUUUCUUCAACUAUGUCCCCGUGGGGAUCCGAUGUAUGGCUUACAAUCACCAGUCCAACAGGCUGGCUGUCUCCCGCUCGGAUGGCACAGUCGAGAUCUACAACCUGGCUGCCAACAGCUUUCAGGAGAAGUUUUUCCCAGGCCAUGAGGGUCGAUCCACAGAAGCUAUGUGCUGGGCUAAAGGACAGCGGCUCUUCAGUGCUGGACUCAAUGGUGACAUUAUUGAGUAUGACUUGGAAAAGCUGAGUGUCAAAUAUUCUGUCGAUGGCUUUGGUGGUCCCAUUUGGAGCAUGGCUGCUGACCCAAGUGGCUCAUAUCUUGCGAUAGGUUGUGAGGAUGGGUCUGUGAAGCUAUUCCAUGUUGCCCCAGACAAAAUCCAGCUUGAGCGGACUUUAGAACGACAGAAAGGGCGAAUACUCUCAUUAAGCUGGCAUCCAUCUGGAACCCACAUUGCAGUUGGCUCCAUAGACUAUGUUGCUGUGCUUGAUGUUAAAUCAGGUAGCACCACCCAAAAGAUGCUAAUGGAUCGGAGGCACCCCGGCCCGCAUCGGCGCAGGUGUGUCGUGUGGGGGGUGGCCUUCCUGUCAGAUGGGACCGUCGUGAGCACAGACUCAGCUGGCAUGGUCCAGUUCUGGGACUCGGAGACUGGCACCCUGAUGCAGACACAUCCCCUCUCCAAUUCUGACGUGCUGUCCAUAGCUGUGGCAGAGAAAGAAGACAGCAUGGUGGUGGGCACGGCCGAGGGCACCAUAUUCCACUUCCAGCUGAUCGCGUCGAGGACGGAUGGCAAGCAGAGCCAGUGGGUGAGGACGAAGCCCUUCCAGCAUCACACACACGACGUGCGCUGUGUGGCUCACAGCCCGACGGCGCUGAUCUCUGGAGGCGUGGACGCCCACCUCGUGAUCCGCCCCCUUAUGGAGAAGGUGGAGGUCAAGAAUUACGAUGCGGCCUUGCGGAAAAUCACCUUCCCACAUCGACGCCUCAUCUCCUGUGCUAAGAAGAUGCAGCUCCUCCUCUUCCAGUUUCCUCAGCGUUUGGAACUUUGGCGAUUGGGAGCCACUGAAGCAGCUGGAAAGAAUGAGGACAUCCUUCCACUCUCUAGAAAUGCAGAACAUUUGCUUCAGCUUAAAAAAAAGGGGCCUGAGAACAUCUGUUGUAGCUGUAUUUCCCCAUGUGGAAGCUGGAUAGCCUAUUCUACAGCUUCUAGAUUUUAUCUUUACCGGAUGAAUUAUGAAAAUAACAGUGUGAGCAUCAAAAGGGUUUCGAAAGUGCCCAAGCUCCUGAAUUCUGCCCUCCAGAUUCUGUUCUCUGCAGACUCCACAAAGUUGUUUGUGGCCUCCAACCAAGGUUCUCUCCAUGUGAUCCAGCUAUCAGAGGGGAGUUUAAAACACCUGCACACCUUCUCUCCUCAGUCAGGGACUUCGGAGGCCACGACUCUGCUGGCAGCGAGCCCAGAUGGCAGCUGGUUAGCUGCAGCGGGCCCCAGUAAUGGAGUCAGUGUCUAUGAUUUGAAGCAUCUGAAGCCUCACUGCACAGUGCCUGCUUACAACUUCCCCGUGACAGCCCUGGCCAUCGCACCCGGCACCAACAACCUGGUGAUUGCACAUGCAGACCAACAGGUCUUUGAAUUCAGCAUCCCCCAAAAACAGUACACAGAUUGGAGCCGGAAAGUUCAGAAGCAGGGGCUGCACUACCUCUGGCUAGAGAGGGACACACCCAUCACCCACAUCACUUUCCACCCCCAGAAGCCCACCCACAUCCUCCUCCAUGACACCUACAUGUUCUGCAUCAUUGAUAAGUCCAUGCCACUUCCAGAUGACAAAACUCCCUUAUUCAAUCAGCUUUCCUUACGGGAGGCCUCCGAAAACGUCAGAAGGCGCCAUGCCCAUGCCUUCAAGAUCUCUAAGAAAUUUCAGCCCCUCCUUUUCAUGGACCUGUUGGAUGAAGGCACAUUGGUGGCAGUGGAACGGCCUUUGGAAGACAUCGUUGCUCAGCUUCCACCACCCAUCAAACGAAAGAAAUUUGGAACUUAAGUGGAGCUGUGUGGUUCCUUCCCUGAACUGGCUGACCUGUUCUUUUCCUAGAAAUCAUGAUAAUAAAACAAAGUUAUUCUUUA